CGGCGAGGCGAGUGAGCCGAUUAAAAAUGGGUCGCCGCAAAUCAAAAAGAAAGCCUCCGCCGAAAAGAAAAGCUAUUGAACCGCUGGAUCAGCAAUUUAACUGCCCAUUUUGUAACCAUGAAAAAUCUUGUGAAGUCAAAAUGGAUCGAGCACGAAAUACUGCAAGAAUACAGUGUCGUGUAUGCUUAGAAGAUUUCCAGACAACAACCAAUGUGCUAUCUGAACCGAUAGAUGUAUAUAAUGAUUGGGUUGAUGCCUGUGAAAGUGCUAAUUAGAGACAAAUUUAAUCGACUUGCGUGGCCACUGCCGUGCCCCCAGAUUUCUUUCAUAUUGUGAACAUUGUAUCAGCUACUGACCUAAAGAAAUUUUGUGAUACUGUAAUUAGUCAUAAGGAAUUAUUGGAAUAAAUUUAUAACAAUAUUAAAAAUGACAUUGUUUGAUGUGGGAGAACAUUUUGUUAAAUCUUUAUUUCUCAAUAACAGCUGUUGAAGUAAAUUUCAACUCUCCAUUUGGUUAUAGCAUAGUAGGCAAACUGGCAUGCGGGUUCCCUGAUAGCAAUUUAACAUUGCACACCAUGAAUGCCAGUGAUUUUUUAGCACACUAUGAAUUUUCUUAUAAAGUUAUAGUUUUCUUCAAGGCCAAUAUCAAACAUUUUUUUUUAACCUCUGAGGGAUUCUUGUAAAUAUUUAUAAUCCAGAUUAACAAACAAUAAAAAAUAUCUUUAUUGUUAUUAAUAACAAUUAUAACUUCACCAUCUCACACAUUCCUUCAGAUUCAGAUCAUUGGUGAUGUUGAUAUUCCUUAAAAUACUUUUCUAAAUUGGCGAUCUUCUUGCCAUGUAAUUGCUUGAAUUGAAGCUGAAUGUUGAUAAAAAAAUUCUAAUCAUAAGUAUUAGUUUGAAGCCAAAUAAGAGAAAAUUACAGAAGAGGAUGGGCCAUCGAAAUACAAACGAUUACUUCAUUUUGUACCUCAUCCUUGAGGCAAUAUUAGCACAACAUCCUCACUAAUAAUCUGAAUCGGAAAGAAUGUGUGGUGGUGAAGUCAUAGCUUGUUAUCAUUUAAUACCAGAGCUUGUGAUAAGAAAUCCUCAUUGCAUCAUUGGGAGAAUCAUCAGCAUCUUGUCUUUGCUACACAGUUACACACCUGAUGCGUUGAUGCUACACGACACGAAGCAUUGCAUCUGCAGCACGACAUGGCUUGUUAUAUUUUAAUUUGUAUGCGUAGCGUAGGUUAACACCGAUAGUGUCACAGACGCAUUGCGUUUGCGUGCAUGCUGCAGAUGCAAAGCGUCGUUUUGCCAACUCAUCAGGUGUGUAGUAGCCUUCAAACGUGUACAGUCCACAGCACGUCAGCUACCUAAUUUCAUUGCAAAUUCGCCUCUUAUUGUUGCGGCAUAAAGAUCAAUGCAAGGUAAUUUGAUGUGCAGCGACUAUACUAAGGUAAUUAAGGAAUUUAUCUACCAUCAAAAUAAAAUAUGUAAGUUCCA